AGCUACUCAGAAUCUAGUCCAUGCUUGAUGACCUAGGUCGAAUUUGCUGUUGGGCUGAGUAAUAUCGAUUCCACAACACCCCCAACAAAUUGAAUUGAUCGUGUUUUCGUUGUUCAUUCAUUGUCGACAGAGCCGAGACUGUAAUUUGAGCUAUCUCCGCCACCUUCGUUGCCGGAGCAGUCUCUCUUUUCAGGUUAGAUGAAUCGCCGUCUUACCUUUUUCUGUCAUUCAAUACUAAUAAACACUUCGAAACCGUCACGAAAAUCAAUUGUUACAAACCCUAGAACAAAUGGGUUUUCGUUGUUUAGAGCGUUCAUUUACACCUCAACACGCUUCAAUAACAAUAGCAAUUUUAGGAGAGUUAAUGUUAAUACAGACCCAAAUGAUCCAUCAACCCUAAUGAAAGAAGAUGGUGUAUCAGUCUGUUCGGAAUUGUGGAUCGAGAGUUUUAGAAACCCUAAUCAAACUGUCACUAAUUUGACUAACUACUUGCGGAGAUUCGAGUUGUGGGUUUUAGCUUAUCAGAAAGUUUGUGCUGAUGAAAUGGGUGCUUAUAUGCCCAGAAGUUCAGUACAAAGACCAGCACUUGAAGAUUUACUGGCACUUAGAAAUGCUGUUCUUGAUAAUAGGUUUAGAUGGGGUGCUAGAUUAGAGUUUUUCAUCAAGUCUCCGAAAGAUAAGACAGAAUAUGAGUCUCUAUCGAAGCGAAAAAUUAGGGCUAUCUUGACCACUACGCAACCGAGCCCAUUUCAGGAUAGGAUUGUUCAAGAGGUUUUGUUUAUGAUUUUGGAGCCUGUUUAUGAAGCUCGGUUUUCAGACAAGUCUUAUGCUUUUAGACCAGGGAGGACUGCGCAUACUGCAUUGAGGGUUAUUAGAAGGAGUUUUGCAGGUUAUUUGUGGUAUGUAAAGGGGGAUUUGAGUACCAUUUUAGAUGGAUUGAAAGUUGGGAUGGUAAUAGGUGCUUUAAUGAGGGAUGUGAGAGAUAAAAUGGUGAUUGAUUUGAUAAAAUCGGCAAUGACUACUCCAGUGAUCACUAGCCCGCCUGUAGAAAAGAAGAGAACGAAGAGGAAAUAUCAGAAAAAGAGGGUUCUAGCGGAAGACGAGCCUAAACCGGACCCUUAUUGGUUAGAAUCAUUUUUCGGGUUUGCACCUGAGGAAGCUGAAAAGGUUCCUACUUGGGGACAUUGUGGGAUUUUAAGUCCUCUGUUGGCUAAUAUUUGUCUUGAUGAGUUGGACCGUUGGAUGGAGGGGAAAAUCAAAGAGUUUUACCGACCUUCAAAGAGUGAUGUAAUAUGGAAUAGUCCUGAAGGAGAAGUUGACCAGGGGAAUACAUCUUGGCCGGAAUUUGUUCCCACUAGUGGGCCCGACAAGACUAGAAAAAUUGAUUAUAUUCGUUUUGGUGGUCAUUUCUUGAUCGGAGUUAGGGGUCCUAGAGCUGAUGCAGCAAUUCUUAGAAAACAAUUAAUCGAGUUUUGUGAUCAGAAAUACAAUCUCAAGCUUGAUAACGAGUGUCUUCCAAUUGAACAUAUAACAAAGGGGAUAAUGUUUCUUGAUCACGUCUUGUGUCGAAGAGUUGUGUACCCCACUCUUCGGUAUACUGCAACUGGUGGCAAGAUCAUCAGCGAAAAGGGUGUGGGCACUUUGUUAUCAGUCACCGCAAGCCUAAAACAAUGCAUUAAACAGUUUAGAAAAUUGGGAUUUUUGAAGGGUGAUCGAGAUCCUGAUCCACAGCCAUGUUUUAGAAUGUUCCAUGCUACCCAGGCUCAUACAAAUGCACAAAUGAACAAGCUUUUGACUACAAUGGUUGAGUGGUACAGAUUUGCUGAUAAUAGGAAAAAGAUAGUCAAUUUUUGUUCUUAUAUCAUACGAGGUUCGCUUGCAAAACUCUAUGCUGCAAAAUACAAGCUUCGUUCACGGGCAAAAGUAUACAGGAUUGGUGAUAGAACACUCAGGCGGCCAUUAAAAGAGAAAAAAGGGCAAUCACCCGAGUACAAUAACUUGUUAAGAAUGGGUCUUGCCGAGUCAAUCGAAGGGCUUAUGUAUACACGAAUGUCGCUAGUGCCUGAAACGGAUUACAGCCCGUUUCCAGUGGGAUGGAGGCCUGAUCAUGAGAAGGCAUUGCUUGAAUAUAUAAGAUUGGAUGAUCCCAAAACAUUAGAACAAAAUCGUACAAAUCUUCUUGAAGAAGGUCUUAUAUCACCUCAAGAUUAUAUCUCUAUGCUUGUUUGGAAUUACAAGAGAAGUGCAUCGAUUAAUGGUUUGAAUAACUCAGAAGAAGGCAAAACAUUGUUGUUAGGAUCGAAUGUUCAAACUGACGAGCAAAGGACAGAAGACGAGGAAGAACAUGAAGAACAGUUAAGCGCUACACACUUAUGAGGAUCUUGGAUUGGAGUUGGCACUUUGAGGCACUUAAAAACCGAGGGAUGUGAAUCUGGGAUGGCACUUGUUCCGGUGACUAUUGCUUUUGUUAUCGAGGUCGAGAAAGAAUUGUGUCUCCUUGGCAAGGCGUCUUGGCUGUCUCUACCGUUGUUGACUCUGGAAAUUGUCAAAAGCCGUUGCUUCAUGAACGAGUAAUUGUCUCAUCCAUGGUACGUUGUUGUGCAUAUUUGUUUCUAGAGUAAAUUGUAGUUUUGGUUCCUAUGGUUUGUCAAUUCUGUUGGUUUUCGUCCCAAACAGUUUGUUUAUUCCAAUUUUGCCAUCAUGGUUAGCCAAUUUGCUCAGGUUUGGCCCUAUAAUCUAAUUUCAAUGUUUUCAUCAUAGAAGAAGAAGAAGAUGAUGAUGAUGAUGAUGAUGAUGAUGAU